UUUCUCUUCAGUUACCCUACUUUGAGAAGAAGAAAAAUGCCAUUUCAUAUCUCACAUCAUAAUGUAAAAAUAUUUUUGGUAACAUUUUUGUAACUCUAGGAGUACCACCUUCAAUUAAAAGAUGUCCAAUUAGAUUGAUCUUCUACAUCUAUGAAAGAACACUAGUACGCCGAACUCGCAUACCCAAAAGAUGUUGCUGCAGGGUACUCUGCUUUUGUUCCUCCUACUUCCAUUUUGCUCAUCCACCAGGGACACCAUAACACAGAACCAAUCAAUUAAAGACGGUGAAUAUUCAUUAUUUUCCAAGGAGAUGAAGUUUGAGCUAGGCUUCUUCAGCCCCGGCAAUACUACUAAUCGUUAUGUUGGAAUUUGGUAUGCAAAAUUACCAGAAAAAACGGUGGUUUGGGUUGCAAACAGAAACAAUCCCAUUAAUGAUACCUCUGGCAUCCUUACAAUCGACAGGUAUGGAAACCUCCUUCUCUAUGCUCACCAUAACAAUGAAAUUCCUAUAUGGCACACAAAUGUUUCUGUCCAGCUUUCCAAGAAUUCUUCAGCUCAGCUCCUGGAUACAGGAAAUUUCAUCUUAAUCCAAGAGGAAAAUAACAAAAACAUACUAUGGCAGAGCUUCGAUCACCUUACAGAUACUUUCCUUCCACAUAUGAAACUGGGGUUGAACCGGAGAACUGGUCUGAAUUGGUACCUUACAUCGUGGAAGUCCCUUGAUGAUCCAGAAUCCGGUGAAUACUCCUAUAGACUAGAUGUUAAUAGCUCUCAAUUCUUUCUGUAUCGGGGUUCAACCCGGUAUUGGAGAAAUGGUGAUUGGCCAUGGAAGAAAGUUCCCUUCAUAGUAUCCUUUGACAUGUAUACAUAUAGUUUUUGGGACAAUGAAGAUGAGAUAUGCGGCACGUAUUUUUCUGAUGAUGCCAACAAAAUAACAAGAGUAGUAGUAAAUGAUUCUGGGUCACUUCAGCAUCUGGAAUGGAACGUUGCUGACAGUCAAUGGAAGGAAGUAUGGUCUGCACCUAAGUAUCAGUGUGACCCAUAUGGACACUGUAGUGCAAACAGUAAAUGCAGUCCGGACAAUGUGAACAAGUUUGAGUGUGAGUGUUUGCCUGGCUAUGAACCGAAAUCGCCGACUGUUUGGUAUCAAAGAAAUGGAUCAGAUGGGUGUAAAAGCAAGGCUGUAGGAUCAUCACACUGUGGGAAUAGAGAAGGGUUCUUGAAGAUGACAAAUAUGAAUGUUCCAGAUACAAGUGGAGCUAGGUUGGGUGAAAAUAUGAGUGAGACAGAAUGUAAGAAUGCAUGCUUGAGAGAUUGCUCGUGCGUAGCGUUUGUCAGCAUAGAAGCCAAAGAGGGAAGCAGCUGCUUGGCAUGGCAUGAAGACUUGAUGGACAUUUUGGAGUAUACGGAAUCGGGAUACAAUCUCUCUGUUCGUGUCACAGAUGAUUUAGCUGAGAAUCCCAGAACAUCAAAAGGUGUCACCAGAAAAAGGAUUAUGCAUGCUGUUAUCUUUUCGUUUGCGGGGUUGGCAUUGUUACUUGGCAUGAUAUUUGCAUAUUGGUGGCUUAAGAAGAAAAGGAAGCUCAGAUAUGAACAUGAAGAAACCAGGACAGAACCUGCAGAUUUGCCAUUUUACCAUCUAAGCACAAUAAUAGCUGCUACCGAUAAUUUCUCCCCGGCUAACAAACUUGGAGAAGGUGGCUUUGGCUCUGUUCAUAUGGGUCGGCUAUCAAACGGGCAGAAUAUUGCUGUGAAAAGAUUGUCUAAAAGUUCUGGACAAGGGGUUGUAGAAUUCGAAACCGAAGUCAUGCUGAUGACGAAACUUCAGCAUAGAAAUCUUGUUAAGCUUUUAGGUUGUUGCAUCCAGGGGGAAGAAAAGAUGUUAAUUUAUGAAUACAUGCCUAACAAAAGCUUGGACUCCUUUAUCUUCGAUCAAGCAAAAAGGUCACUCUUGGAUUGGAGAAAACGUUUUGAUAUUAUUAUAGGGAUUGCACGUGGACUUCUAUACCUUCAUCAAGACUCAAGACUGAGGAUCAUCCAUAGAGAUCUAAAAGCCAGCAAUGUUCUUUUAGAUGUUGAGAUGAACUCUAAAAUUUCAGAUUUUGGCAUGGCUAGAAUAUUUAAUGGGGACAAAAUUCAGGAUAAAACGAAUAGAGUUGUUGGAACAUUUGGAUACAUGUCACCGGAAUAUGCGUUGUUUGGAAAAUUCUCAACAAAAUCUGAUGUUUUCAGCUUUGGUGUCCUAUUACUAGAAAUAGUAAGUGGCAUGAAGAAUAAUGGUUGUUGUCCAGAAAAUGCUUCCAUGAAUUUGAUAGAGCAUAUGAUUCAGGUUUGGAACCUCUGGAGAGAAGAAAGAGCCUUGGAAAUUGUCGAUUCAUGUAUCAAGCCGUCUUACAUUCCAGAUGAAACUCUGAGAUGCAUUCAAAUCGGGCUGCUUUGCGUGCAAGAAAGGGAUAAGGAUCGACCAACCAUGUCUGCAGUUGUUCUCAUGUUGAAUUGUGAGAUAGCUCUUCCUUCACCUAAAGAGCCAGCAUAUGUUCUCAGAAGAAACUACAAAGAUACUGAUUUAAUUGGAACGCAAGGAUCAUAUUCUGAGAACGAAAUGAACAUAACAGAAAUUGUAGCUCGCUAAGGAUAGGAUUUUAGUUGCUUCAUAUGGGUUUUCCUUUUCCUCUGCCAUACUGGUCACUAUUCAUGGUGCUUCUAAUCAGAUUUUGUCAUGCAAGUCCUCAUGUUUUGCUUAGCUGCUGGUGUAGUUUUUAUUUAUUUAUCAUUCAUAGCACUACCGUAAAUGUAUGCUUUUCCCUGUUUUUAUUAAGUAUUAUUCUUUCGUUUAAUGUUUUUAUAAAUUACUUGCCACUGAUAUAUGUAAGUUCAUCAAAUACUAUACAAAAAUAUUUGAUAGACGUUAUACACUCGUAGAUUCUAUUA